UUGACCAGCCCAUCUGAUCAGUUUAUUUGACCAGCCCAUCUGAUCAGUUUAUUUGACCAGCCCAUCUGAUCAGUUUAUUUGACCAGCCCAUCUGAUCAAUUUAUUUGACCAGCCCAUAUGACCACCCCGUUUGAUUAGCCCAUUUUGUCAGCCCAUUUUGUCAGCCCGUCUGACCAGCCCAUUCUGUCAGCCCAUCUGAAUAGCCCAUUUUGUCAGCCCAUUUUGUCAGCCCGUCUGACCAGCCCAUUCUGUCAGCCCAUCUGAAUAGCCCAUUUUGUCAGCCCAUUCUGUCAGCCUAUCUGAUCAGCCCAUUCUGUCAGCCUAUCUGAUCAACCAACUUCCACAACUGCAACAAGAUAUUUUUUCCACACCGUACGCGAAAUAUGAACCCCGAUGAACAGAGAUUUGUCGAGGGGACAGUGUGACUGCGAAUUACUUGGGCGCAUUCAAUCUACAACAAGGUGCCCAUCAUCUGUUUCUCUUGUCAUAACCGACAGCCGUUGGCGACCGAAUGUCGUUUGCAACCGAAUAUCGUUUGCAAUAAAAAUGAUAUUUGAACACGUCAAAACUUACUUUCAGCCCAGCAAGUUGACAAAAGCCUACAGUAAGAUGAAAGGCCAGGCUGCAAAAACAUUUAACAGCGAUUGCCCGGAGUACGCCCAGAAAAGAAUCUGGGAUCAAAGCGAGCCAGAGACGCCGUCCUUACCGAUCUACGCCAACAAUCGUGACCUCGAGCAAACUCAACCCGUUGUUGAAAGUCAGAAACGUAAUUCGGCCACUUCUUCAGGAAAAUGGUGUAGCCACAACGUCAGCUUUCCCAAUCAAAGUGAGGAAAUAAACCGGCGAGGUGACGGGGCGGGUCAGGGCAACAAAUCCAAGUGUUGCUACUGCGCGUGGGUUUUCGCUGCGCUCGUGUUGUGCAUACUGUUCCAACAAUGUCAAAUCGCGUCCUUGAAAGAAACACAGACAGAAUUCCUGCAACUUCUGCGGGAGAUGGAGGCGAGGAUGGCAGAACCUGCUGAGGCUGGCAACUCAUUGCAGAGUGCUGUUUUCCAAGGUUCUAGCAAACGCGGUUUCCUCGACUAUCUCAAAUCGACAUACCACGAUGAGAGGAGGCGUCCAUCUCGGCAGACCAUCGAAGACACAGCUGGCACUGGCGCCCUGCUCAAUCAUAAGAAAACAAGGCGGAGUAUUCCUUCUUUACCUUCAGGCCAGGACAGCACUGGUCACACAGUGGUCAAGCUGUACAAAAACGAUCCGUACUUGAGGGUGAUGGGCAUGGUCAGGAACAUCGUCAAUAACGCAAAUGAGGUGAGUAUUGUUUAAUUGUCACUUACGGUUCAUAAGUUUUGCUUAAUUAAAUUCAGCUUCGAUAGGUAGAUGGGAAGGGGACAAGAGGGGGGGGGGGUGACCGAUGGAAGAUGGAUUUUGGACAAAAUGGAAUGAUGGUAAGAAUGCUUGUACUGAUGAUA